CUAGCAACAAGCAUCUUAAAAAAAUUCAAUUACAGGUGAAAAACCGAACAAGUAAAUUCAGGAAUAGACGUAAAUCUCUAUUAGGAUUCCAAAUUAUUAUAGACAAGCUAAUGAUUUAAGAAUGCAAGAAAAAGUGAAUUAAAACACUUCGAAAGCUUUCAUCUGAACGAAAUAAAGACAUUGUAGCAAGUGACUUUGAGGCAAUGUGAGGCAGAAAGUAAAACUGUUAAACUUUUAAGCCGCAGGAUAGGCUUGUAAAGGUAAAAUAGGAUAUCAAAAAAAUUAUAGCAAGUUUUAAUGUGAAGCUUUCGACUUAAAAAGCUCUGAAUUUGAUUUUUACUACAUCUCUGAAAGAUCUCUAGAAAAUUGAGUUUAACACUUACUCCUAUCAAUUUAACAGCUAGAUCUAUGUUUGAAUUAAGCAUUGAUACACAUCUAAAAGUGCAAUCAAGUAAUAAAAUCUUGUAAUCUAAUUUUUUGCUGAAUCAUUGACUGUGGUACGUUCUGUUUGAUAACAAAGUAAACACAAGUGCAUUAAAAUUUAUUUUAAUUAAAAUUCAGCGUAAUCUGAAGGGUGUUGAUUAUAAAUUAAUAAAUAGUCACAGGCAGUCUAAUUUUAGAUGUUGUCUAGUAAACACGAUGACUUAAAUCAUCCGGUAGAACUCGAAUAAAUCGACAAAUUAAGAUACAGUGAAGGAAAUUCAGAAAAAUUUCAUCAUUCUGUGUUAUUUAACUGAAUUUUAAGAUUGACAGCUGAAUACAUAGUACACAUUAGACAUAACUAGCAAGAAAAUGCUUAAACCGGCGAUAAACAUCUUGAAGAAAUUCAAUAUUAGAUUACUUUCGACAAGCUUAUCAAAAUUCAAUAAUGUGGAUGAAAAAGACAUGAAGCACUUGGGAAGCUUCUCAUCACAAUGGUGGGAUGUUUCUGGACCUGUUAAGCCUCUACAUCUUAUGAACCAAGUGAGAGUUCCAUUCAUUCGUGAUGGACUAAUCAGCACUGGAGCUGUAAAAACUGAAAAUAUCAAUAAACCGGAUGUCUUGAAAGGAUUAAACAUUCUAGAAGUUGGAUGUGGAGCUGGGAUUCUCACAGAGGCAUUAGCGAGAUUAAAAGCGAAUGUAACAGGAUUGGAACCAUCAACAGAACUGAUAGAUGCAGCUAGAGAUCAUCUGAAUGGGCAGUCAUUAAACAUAAAGUACAUAUCAGAGUUUAUUGAGCAACAUUCAGUCGAUAAUGCUGAGAAAUAUGAUGCAGUCGUUGCCAGUGAAGUAAUUGAGCAUGUGCCUGAUCAAAAAGCAUUUCUUCACGAAUUAACAAAGUGUGUAAAGCCAAAUGGAAGCAUCUUCAUCACAACAUUUAAUAAAACUCAAGUCUCAUGGCUAUUAGGCAUAGUAUUAGCUGAAUAUGUACUUAAUUUCAUCCCAAAAGGCACACACGAUUGGAAUCAAUUCAUCAGUCCAUCAGAAGUAACGCAAAUUCUCAGCGAGAAAGAUUGCAAUACAGUCUUAGUUCAUGGAUUCGGUUAUAAUCCAUUAAAUGAGACUUUUAACUUCCAAAAAUAUGACGGUGUAAAUUAUGCACUUCAAGCUGUUAAGCAUGCAAGUUAGAAAUAAAAUAAAGUAAUGAGAUAUAUCCAGUC